AUGUCGCCGUACGCCGACGGCCUGCAUAGCGUCAUCACGCAGCAUCGGAAAGUUACGCCGAUUGUGUACGGCAGAAGCAAUGAAAAGGUUCGUGAGAAGCUGCUUCGGGACAAAGGAUUGACCUUGGCGAAAGCCGAACAAGUGUGCAAGGCAGUGGAACUAGCCGCUGCACAAAAAGAGGUCUGGACACAAGAACGGCAGGUCGACCCGGUAAAAGAGAGUUGGCCUACCCGCGAACGUCGGACAGAAUUCCGCUGCAGCCGAUGUGGACGCAUACACGCCCCACGGAGCUGCCCUGCAUUUGGACGCAUCUGCAGAAAGUGUGGUGGCGAAAACCACUUUGCGGUGCGCUGCAAGAGUGCCAGGAAAGUUUCUGAAGUCAGAAGCGGCGACCAUGAAGAUGAUUUUAACAUUCUCAACGUGUCAAACGGCAAGCACCAGCGGGACUGGAUGGUGCCUGCGCAAGUCGGUAGCACGCCCGUUUACCUCAAGGUGGACACCGGUGCCCAAGCAAACCUGCUGCCUUAUGGUACAUACCAAAGACUACGACCAAAAGCGCAGCUAAAGGCCAGCAACUCGGUGCUCCGCUCCUAUGUUGGAGAAGUCAUCAAACACCUGGGAAUCGCGACGCUAAAGACCACAAUAGGUGACCAAGUUGAGAACGUCGACUUUUUCAUCGUGAAAAAGGGGCGUCAAGCCAUCCUGGGGCUACACGCCAGUGAGCUGCUGGGACUAUUCACACGAUCCGUGAAUGUGGUAACAACCAACAGCAGCGAGCAACUGGCACAAGCUUACCGAGAUGUGUUCCAAGGGACUGGCUGUGUCAAGCGUGAAUACCGGAUGGUAUUACGAAAAGGUGCAAUUCGAAGCGUGCAAACGCCAAGACGCGUGCCUCUCGCGCUGCAAAAGCCCCUUAAAGAGGAGCUCGAAAGAAUGCUGAAGGCAGGCAUCAUCACCAAAGUAGAGGAGCCCACGGACUGGGUAAGUCCUUUGGUUAUAAUCACAAACAAUGGUAAACUAAGGAUCUGCAUGGACCCCAGAAGAAUUAAUGAGUGCCUGAAGCGUGAGCAUUAUCAGAUGCCGCGGCGUGAAGAUAUCGAGGCAGAGCUUGCAGGCGCAAAAUUUUUUCACAUUUGAAUGCAAACUCCGGUUUCCACCAGAUUCCGCUGCACGAGGAAACGUCUAGAAUAUGUAAAUUUGCCACACCUUUUGGCCGUUAUCGUUUCCUUAGGCUACCGUUCGGAAUCGCAUCAGCUCCUGAGGUCUUCCAGAAGACGUUGAACGAGAUUUUCGAUGGUAUUCCAGGCGCGCAAGUCUACGUGGAUGACAUGCUGAUAUGGGGCUCAACCAGACGGGAACACGACGAAAGGCUAAGGACCGUCUUGGAAGCGGCCCGCAAAGCUGGACUAACUUUCAAUCCCGAAAAGUGCGAAGUAGGUGUCACUGAAAUUUCGUUCCUUGGUGAUAUCAUCUCCCAGGCAGGGAUACGACCGAGUCCCGCAUCAGUCACCUGAGUUCUUAGCUUGCCACCGCCCACUGACAGGCUCGGGGUGCAACGAAUGUUAGGCGUCAUAAACAACUUCGCAAAGUUCGUGCCAGAACUCGCCGAAAAGACUCAAUUGUUACGCCAACUUAUAAAGAAAGACUGUUUUUGAAUGGAGCGAGAAUCACGCAGUUGAAUGGGAGCAGCUCUGCAAAUGUCUGAGUGGACAACCGGUGUUGGCAAUAUUCGAUCCUAAAAGAGACAGAAAAAUUACCUCAGAUGCUUCACAGAAUGGCGUA